GGGUAAAUGUUCAGAGCGCCGGCCAAUCCAGUGUCCGAGAACCCGGGCGCGGCGUUUCAGAGCCAGGCGCUCACCCCCGCGGCCUCCGACCCGCGCUGAGCUUGCUGGCGAGUCCUUCCCGGGAGGGGAGGUGGGGGACGCCUACUUCCCCGCGAGCCCAGCUCUGCCCGCGGUGACUCAGAGACUCUCCACGCUGCACAAGGAACCAGUGACUCCAGCAAUGCUGCCUAGAUGGGAACUGGCUCUUUGCCUGCUUGCCUCCCUGGGCUUCCAUUUCUACUCUUUCUAUGAAGUUUACAAAGCCUCCAGAGAGCAUGAAGAUGAACUGGACCAAGAAUUUGAGCUGGAGGCAGACUCUCUAUUUGGAAGAUUGAAGAAGGACCCAACAGACUUUGAGUGGAACUUCUGGCUGGAAUGGGGGAAACGGAGCCUGGUGUGGCUCUUCCUUGGCCAUUUGGCUGUGUCUCAGUUGGCCACACUGCUCUCAAAGAAGCACAGACCCUGGAUCGUCAUGGUCUAUGGAAUGUGGGCCUGCUGGUGUGUUCUGGGGGCUCCUGGCGUGGCCAUGGUCUUUCUGCACACCACCAUCGCCUUCUGCGUGGCCCAGUUCCGGUCAGUGCUCCUAUCCUGGCUGUGUUCUCUCCUCCUGCUCUCCACCCUGAGGCUGCACAGUGUGGAGGAAGUUAAGAGGAGGUGGUACAAGACAGAAAAUGAAUACUAUCUGCUCCAGUUCACACUGACGGUGCGAUGCCUGUUCUACACCAGCUUCAGCCUGGAGCUGUGCUGGCAGCCUCCACCUGCCCAGCGCGCUCCCUAUUCCUUCCCAUGGUUGCUGGCCUAUGUCUUCUAUUAUCCUGUCUUCCACAACGGGCCCAUACUCAGCUUCCCGGAGUUCUUCAGACAGAUGCAGCAGCCAGAGCUCAGAUCUCCGAAGCACAGUCUUUGCCUGCUAGCCAAGGGCCUGGGCCGCCUGCUCUGCUGGUGGUGGCUGGCUGAACUGAUGGUCCACCUCAUGUACAUGCAUGCCCUCUACAGCAGCAUUCCCCUCCUGGAGAGCGUUUCCUGCUGGACCUUAGGAGGACUGGCCCUGGCCCAAGUACUCUUCUUCUAUGUGAAAUACUUGGUGCUCUUUGGUGCUCCGGCUCUGCUCAUGCGCCUGGACGGACUCACACCACCACCCCUUCCCCGCUGCGUGAGCACCAUGUUCAGCUUUACUGGGAUGUGGAGGUAUUUUGAUGUUGGACUACACAAUUUCUUAAUCAGGUAUGUGUACAUUCCACUGGGUGGGUCCCAGCAUGGCCUUCUGGGGACACUGCUUUCUACUGCGAUGACGUUUGCAUUUGUGAGCUACUGGCAUGGCAGCUAUGAAGACCUCUGGUGCUGGGCAGCACUCAACUGGCUGGGAGUCACUGUGGAGAGUGGAGCCCAGAGGCUGUUGGAGAUGCCCUGUAUCCGGGAGACCUUGACCCGGUACCUCUCCCCGCAAGCUCGCCGACGGCUACAUGCUUUGCUGGCCUCCUGCUCCACCUCUAUGCUGAUCCUGUUCAACCUGGUGUUUCUUGGGGGGAUUCACGUUGGAAAAAUCUACUGGUACAGGAUCUUCCUGCAAGGCUGGCCGUGGGUGACCCUGUCUGUCCUGGGAUUCCUAUACUGCUAUUCACAUGUGGGUAUCACCUGGGCUCAGACAUACACAGUUCUCUAAUGCUGCUGGUGCAGGUCAGCCUUUCGGUCAGCCUUCAAGGGACAUGGCAUUUCACUCGGACCUCUCACUCUGAGACCAUCCCUGAAGGACCACCUUCCACUCCAGCCCCGAAGAAACAUUUUCCACUCCAGGACCAUCCCUGAGGGAGCACCUUCUAUUCUGAGACCAUCCCUGAGGGAGCACCUUCUACUCCAGGACAAUCCCUGAAGAAACAUUUUCCACUUCAGGACCAUCCCUGAGGGGCCACCUUCCACUCAUCUUCUGCUGAAGAUGCUUCAUUCUGAGUCUGACAGCUUUAUCUAUCAUAGAAAAAUGUACAACCUGAAAAUCUUCUAAUUUUGGAGCUUCAAAGAUUUUCUACCUACCCCCAUAAGCUUCCUGCUACAUAAGCUAGAGUCAGGAGCAGUCUUAGGUUUUUCCCAACUAUACAUGGUGACAUUUGUUCUAGAACCUACUGUUGACCUCUUGAGUUCUUCUUGACUAAAGAUUCAACAUGGUGGACAUUCAUUGUUUGGGCAUGGAAACCCUGGUCAGGGGUAGGCUUGCCUCUCAGAGACAUUCUGUGAUGUUUGGUGACCUCAUUCCAUGUUCUUCACUGGAUUGGCCUGCACAUGGAUGGUCCUUAACAGGGAGGCAGCAAAGCCAUAGUCCUGUUCCAAGUGGCCUGGCUAGAGUGGAUGAUGUACAGGUGGAGCAUCCCAAGGAGUUCUGCAGUUUGAACUUUACUGGGGCUCCCACGUGCAGCUGCUGUUCUCUGAGGUCUGUAGCCAUGGAGUAAUGUGGCCAUGUACAGCUGUUCUGUACAGCAUGGGAGUGUAAAAAGCCAGAGAAUGGGUGUGUCCACAGGCAGGUGCUAUUGGGCAAGUCCUGGGAAGGUGGCAGCCCAAGGUCCCAUAUGCUAUGUGGGUUUUAUUGCCUUAUUCUCAUCUAAAUAAAGCCAAGCCCUUUUGUUACAUAGAUAAUUCACA